AUGAUCCCUUCGCGCACUGAGAAUCGCAUGCCGAUUCCUCGUCUUAUGUCCAAGUUUGUUGCGCUUUCCAAGAUAGCUAUCCAAGCGGCUUGUGGCGCCCAGUGCUCGGCCACGUCAGGCACGCUAUCAACACCACGUCUCCACAGCAACGACACCAACACCCCAGCAAGCCCAACCUCGUGCAUGUGCCCAGCCGCUGAUUAUACAUAUUCGCUACCGAUAUUCACAUGCGCCCGAGAGCUGGCGAAGACGAUUGAGCGUGUUAUUCUUCCUUUCGUGCUUUUUCAGGCGUUCUAUCAAGUGCAUGCUAGCCCCUCGUUUCUACACCGCGCUUUCGUUACACUGCUAUAA